ACAGAGGUGUGUGACAGCCCGCUGGUGUCCAAUCUGCCGCCGUCGUCCUUCAGAAGCUCCUCCCAGCUGUCCAACAGCCACGGGCCGGGCUUCGCCAAGCUCAACAGGAGAGAAGGAGCUGGAGGCUGGUCUCCCCUCACCUCAGACAGGUAUCAGUGGUUGGAGGUCGACCUGGGUGGGCGGACCCAAAUCACAGCUGUUGCUACACAGGGUCGCUACGGCAGCUCUGAUUGGCUGACGGCCUACCUGCUGAUGUUCAGCGACACCGGACACAACUGGAAGCAGUACCGGCAGGAAGACAGCAUAGGGGCCUUCCCGGGGAACAGUAAUGCAGACAGCGUGGUCCAGUACAAGCUGCAGCAGCCGGUGAUCGCUCGCUUCCUCCGCCUCAUUCCUCUGGACUGGAAUCCCAGCGGGCGGAUCGGACUCAGACUGGAGACGUACGGCUGUCCUUACACCUCUGACGUGGCGAGCUUCGACGGCAGCGGCGGCGGCCUGCUCUACAGGCUGAGCCGUGGGCCGAGGCAGACGUCCAGAGAGAUCAUCUCUCUGAAGUUUAAAACCCUGAGGAAUUCUGGGAUACUGCUGCAUGUGGAGGGACAGGGAGGACUCAGCCUCACUCUGGAGUUAGAGAGAGGAAAACUACUGCUGCUGCUCAGACAAGGUAGGAGUUUGACGUCUGAAACCCAGCGUCUCGUCUCCCUGGGCAGCCUGCUAGACGACCAGCACUGGCACCAUGUCGCAGUGGAGCAGCUCAGCGCUCACCUCAACCUCACCGUGGACAAAAACACACAGCAGGUUCAAAUCCCAGCCGAGUUCAGCCGCUGGGACAUCGAGCAGCUGAGUGUAGGAACUCUCCACAACCUCGGCUCUCACAAACCAGUCGUCUCCAAGAGGAACUUCCAUGGCUGCCUGGAAAACCUGUUUUAUAACGGCCUCAACCUGAUAGACCUGGCUAAACAUAACGACCACCAAGCUACUGUAAUGGGCAAUGUGACCUUUUCUUGUGCUGAGCCAGUUUCUGUUGCCGUCACGUUCACCGGCCCCCAGAGCUUCCUGCGGUUGCCGGGGGCGACAGCGUCGUCGUCUGGGGGCGUGUCAGUGGAGCUGCAGUUCCGCACCUGGAACAAGGCGGGGCUGCUGCUCACUUUUGACCUCCCCCAGCAAGGGGGCGUGGCCUGGCUGUACCUGAGCGAGGCCAGGCUCCGCCUACAGAUCCACAGGGCUGGCAGGGUGCUGCUGGAGCUCAGCGCAGGUUCUGGUCUGAAUGACGGUCAGUGGCACUGGGUGGAGCUGAACUCCAGACGAGCUCGUCUGACCAUCACAGUGGACAAAGAGGAAGGAGGCACCGCUCAGGCCAGCCCCUCAUUUCCUGUCACCGCAGGACGGCACCUCUUCUUUGGUGGUUGCCCUGCUGAGGCUGACGGCCAGGAGUGCAGAAACCCCUUUAACGUCUUCCAGGGCUGCAUGCGUCUCCUGACUCUGGACAAACAACCAGUCGACCUGAUCAUGGUGCAGCAAAGGCUGCUGGGAAACUACAGCCAGCUGCAGAUCGACAUGUGUGGCAUCAUCGACAGGUGUUCUCCCAAUCACUGUGAACAUGGCGGCAGCUGCAGUCAGUCCUGGACCGUCUUCCACUGUAACUGCUCUGACAGCGGCUACAGCGGAGCCACCUGCCACAGCUCUGUGUACGAGCAGUCCUGCGAGGCGUACAAACACAGAGGCAACACGUCAGGCCAUUAUUACAUCGACGUGGACGGCAGCGGACCCAUCAGACCACAGCUGAUCUACUGCAACAUGACAGAGGAGAAGACCUGGAUGGUGAUCCAGCACAACAACACAGAGCUGACCAGAGUCCGACCGUCGCCGGGCGGAAACCAGCACUCAGCCCACUUUGACUACUCAGCUGAAGAAGAGCAGCUACUGGCCGUCAUCAGCCAAUCAGAUCACUGCGAGCAGGACCUGUCCUACCACUGCAGGAAGUCCCGCCUCCUCAACACACCAGAAGGCUCUCCGUUCAGCUGGUGGCUGGGUGGUCCAGGUCCGGGGCGUCUCCAGACUUACUGGGGCGGAGCGCAGCCGGGCAGCCAGCAGUGUGCCUGCGGCCUGCAGGGCACCUGUGUGGACCCACAACACUACUGCAACUGUGACGCCGACCGCAUGGAGUGGGCUAAUGACUCAGGUCUGCUCACCCAUAAGGAGACCCUUCCGGUCAGGUCUCUGGUGCUUGGUGACAUCCAGAGGCCGGGCUCAGAGGCCGCCUACAGGGUGGGACCCCUCCGUUGUCAUGGAGACAAGAAUUUCUGGAACGCUGCGUUUUUCGACAAGGAGACGUCGUACCUCCACUUCCCCACCUUCCACGGGGAGCUGAGCGCAGAUAUCUCCUUCCUGUUUAAAACCACCGCCUCCUCCGGCGUGUUCCUGGAAAACCUCGGCAUCAAAGACUUCAUCCGCAUCGAACUGAGCUCCUCCACUGAGGUGGUCUUCUCCUUCGAUGUGGGUAAUGGGCCUCUGGAAGUUCGCGUGGAGUCUGGCGCCCCGCUGAACGACAACCGGUGGCACAGAGUCCGAGCCGAGCGCAACGUCAGGGAGGCGUCGCUUCGCCUGGAUGAACUUCCUGCCGCCACACAGGAGGCUCCUGCUGACGGACACUUCCACCUGCAGCUCAACAGCCAGCUCUUCAUAGGAGGCACGGCGUCCAGGCAGAAGGGCUUUCGGGGUUGUAUUCGCUCUCUGCAGCUGAACGGCGUCACCCUGGACCUGGAGGAGCGGGCGAAGAUCACACCCGGGGUUCGACCCGGCUGCCCGGGCCACUGUAGCAGCUACGGCUCGCUGUGCCAGAACCAGGGCCGCUGUGUGGAGAGAGCCAGCGGCUUCUACUGCGACUGCAGCCUGUCUGCCUACACUGGAGCCUUCUGCCACAGAGAGAUCUCAGCCAGCUUCAAGUCGGGGACGUCGGUCAGCUACACCUUCAAGGAGCCGUACGAGUUAAGCAGGAACAGCAGCGCCCUGCCCUCCUCCAUCUACUCCGACAUGACCCUGCGAGGAGAAAACAUCUCGCUGAGCUUCAGGAGCAGCCAGAGUCCGGCUCUGCUGCUCUACGUCAGCUCCUACUACAGAGAAUACCUGGCCCUGCUCAUCAACAAGCACGAUAAGCUGGAGGUGAGGUACAAGCUGGACAGCAGCAGAGAGGCUGAAGUGUUGAGGAGCAGAGUGAGGAGUCUGGCCAAUGGACAGCUACACACUGUUAGCAUCAGGAGACUGGCAGACACUGUCUCUGUCCAGAUUGACCGGAACGCCAGAGAGGACUUCAACCUGACAUCCGACGGAGAGUUCAACGCCAUCAAGUCGCUGGCUCUCGGCAGAGUGCACGACACUGCGGACUGGGAUCCAGAUCUGGCCCGGCUGGCCUCUCUGGGCUUCACCGGCUGUCUGUCAGUGGUUCACUUUAACUCCAUCAGCCCUCUGAAAGCGGCGCUGUUCUUCCCGGACAGCAGCCCUGUCGUCAUCACCGGCCCGCUGGCCCGCUCCAACUGUGGCUCCUCCGCUCCGGCCGAUCCCUACGCAGCAGAAAACACACACCACCUGCUAGACCAGUCUGGUUCAGUGGGUUCAGGUCAGCCUUUAGUCAAUGCCAUCAGGACUGACUCGGCUCUGAUUGGAGGUGUGAUCGCGGUGGUGAUCUUUGUGAUCGUGUCCGGCCUGGCGAUAAUGGCCAGAUUCCUCUACCGGAGGAAAGAGACGUACCAGAACCAGGAGGCGAAGGCGGUGAAAGUCGAGGACAGCCCGGAGUUCCCCUUCAACAGCCCGGCCGACUCCCAGAACGUCUCCGGCGAAAACCCCAAGGAGUAUUUCAUUUAACUGGAGCGCUGAGCUGCGGACGAGCCGGCGGUGUCGGAGCUGAGGGGACGGACGGGGCCGCCCCGCCUCGCCUCAGGACUUUACACGGCACGCAGAAAGACACUCGGACACUUGGCCGGCGCCAGCGGCUCAGCAACACGUCGGACAACGGCAAAAAAGAACAAUAAGUCUGUUUUUUGGUUGCUCUCCUGUGAAUAGUGUACAUACUGGUACAAACAAGCAAAACGUGUUGGACUCAUAAGGUGUUGAUACUCUUGUUUCAGAGACUGUAAAGAGUCACAAAUGUAAAUGUUGAAUUAAUGUCUUUAUAACAACUUCUGGCUAUUGUCACUCUGUCAUAUCGAACUGUUAGAGGUAAUUAACGGAGCUGUUGAUAUUUUUCAUGGAGUAUUAUUCAGAGGAUUCAAGCAACUUUUGUUCUAGUGAAACUAGGUGCCUCGUCUGGAGUCUGGAAUGAUUUAUAUGCAUUUUUCUAAGGGAAUGAUGAAUGUUUGAUUGUUUACUGCACUGGAAAAGAGGUCUGAGCCAUAAAUAAGAUUUUGGUAGACGGUCAUGGUUAUGCAAUUUCUACCCUUCUUUCUCUCUUUCUUCCUUUCUUUGUUUCUUUGCAUCUGCACAUAGGACACUAAAAGGAACCCAAACACCUCCAUGAGCUCUGAACGUAUCUAGUUUUCUAUAGUUUGUGCUGUUUCCCUCAAAAGCCUUUACAUGUCAUUCCCUCUACUUUUUCUUUGCGCAGUGACUUAAAUAAAUCUUCUCUUCCCUGCAGCCUGCUGGGAGUUUCUCUAGCAGCUCUCUAAAUGUCUCUGAAGAGCAAAGCUUUUACCACAGACAGCAGCACCGCCUCUGUAACACUGUGACUGUCUGUCACCUCGCUCGCUCCACGCUCAGACAUUUAAUGUGUUUGUAAAAUGCUAAUCUGGCCGGUCUGACAGGUAGAUUGCGACUCACGGGAAGCGGAGAGAUGAUCAGAAAGAGAGAUAAUCCGUGCGACAUGGAUAUAAUGAAAAGCAGCCGUUCUGAUAUUAACAGUGGAACAUAAAGCAAAUCCCUCCAUGUCUUCACUCCGCUCAUCCAGAAACACUGACGCCGCUGACGGAGAGCGGAUCGACAGCAGCUGUUUAUCAAACACACACACACACAGUUUCUCUGCAAGACCCCAGCGCACAGAUGGGAUUUUAAUGAGAAAAGUUGAAAGGAAAAACUUAAAAGUGCAUUAUUCAUCACUUUGUUUGUGUGUUUGUAUUUUUUUUCCCAUUCUUUUAUUUGUUUCUUUCAUAUCUUUGUCGCCACAGUGUUGAUAUCACAGUAAACAAGUAGUAGCCGUUAUACAGGCUCAUUGAAUCAAGGCUGCUGUAAUGCGGAGGCAGCGUCUUGCUCCUCUGAAGCUGUGAAGUGGAAGCAAACUUGUCAGCCAGAUCGUCUUGCAAAUGGGUCACUACACGAGGUUGCUGCAUAAGCAAAUCGCUGCCUUGCAGAGAUCAAGGAGAGCAAGAGGAAUAAGAGCCAGACAAAGUGAAACUGAGGCCUUGUCCACACUUAGACAGGUAAAUUUGAAAAUCUGGUUUGUAGUCUAGUACAAAGCGUAUAACAUGUGCAGGCUGUGUGUGUAGAUCUGCACGUGCUUGAUGGAUGCACGCAGAUCUUCUCUGAAACUGCUCUGCCAGGUUAUGUAGACAUGGCCUGAGAAAAAAACUGCUUCAUUACCUUCAUCGUCAUCAUCUUCUGGACUGACAAAAGGAUUUGUGCUGCAGAAAUGAACAACAUGCAUUGUUUUGUAGCACCUGUUGCUCCAAUAUUCCCCCUUUUUUUAAUCUUAACUUGCGUCACGAUGUUUAACCUUGCUUUUGCAGGGCGGAUUAAGAGAAAAUUAGUCAAUUGACCAAUUCCAGCAAUUCCUCCUGAGGGUGGAUCAUCAGGCCACCAGGUAAUUCACUGAUGCAUGCAGUAUGUGCAGCUGGACUUUAGUUAUGGUCAACUCCGUGCUAUAUCAUCAUCUAACAUUCUGUAUUGAACAAGAAUAUCACUGCGGUUUCAUGUUGGGAUGUGUUUGUGUCCUAAAUUAUGUUAAAUCUGAAAUUUGAGAGAUCUACAUUUUGGCUGACAGUGGUUUGGUUUCUCUUCUGGCAGAGCAUCGGUUUGACUCAAAGUGAACAGUCGGCAGUGUAACUGUAAUAAUGUAAUGGUACUUAAGGUGUUGGUGACUGGUGAGUAACUGUAAAGUUUGUACGUUUGAGUGACAUGCCAUAAAAAAAUAAUCAUAUUCAGGUCUUUUGGUUAUCUACAAAAUCCUGUUUGAUUAAA